AUGAAUUCAAACAACUCAGUGUUUGGUCAGACUUUAGCGCAGGUGCACAGUAAGUUCAUUAUCGUGCAGGUUCUGGUGGUGAUUUUUCUCUGCGUCAACUUGUUGCUGAUCGUGACCUUCUUUAAAAAUGAAUGUUUCUACACAACUACUCGCUACAUCCUCUUUGCUGUGACGUUACUGUCGGACAGUUUCCUGUUCUUAGCGUCCAACUUUAUUUUCAUCUUUAACAUUUUCCGAGUCACCAUGCAGGUUUCGUUGUGCAGCGUCAGCUGCAUCAUUGUGGGCUUGUACCUCAUCGUCACACCGGUGACUCUCACAGCGAUGACGCUGGAGCGCUACGUGGCCAUUUGUAUGCCCCUACGUCACGCUGAGCUGUGCUCCACACACAGCAGUGUACACGUCAUCCUUGUCAUUCACGGACUCAGCUCUGUGCCCUAUGCCGUCAUUUUUAUCACCUUCUUUGCUUCGGCAUCUCUUGACUUUUACUAUCAAUAUAGGACAUGCUCUGUGGAGAUUUUCUUUUUGUAUAAAUGGCAGGAUCACGUCAAGUCAGCUGUGUUUCAGUUGUACUUCCUCAUCAUGUGUCUCAUUAUCAUGUUGUGCUACAUUAAAAUAAUGAACGUGGCCAGAACUGCAUCAGGAGAUGAUAAAAUAUCCUCCAGGAAAGGACUCAGGACGGUGACUCUUCAUGCUUUCCAGCUGCUCCUCUGUCUCAUCCAGUUUUGGUAUCCUUUAAUAACGUCCAGUCUAAUUCAUAUUGAUUUCACUGACUUACAACAUGUCCGUUUUUUUUGCUACAUAAUGUUUACUCUUGCACCGCGGUGUCUUAGUCCUCUCAUUUAUGGCCUCAGGGAUGAAAUGUUUCUCCAUGCACUGAAAAAAUGCCUCUCAUGUGGCUUGUAUGAAACAAAAUGA